CGCGCAGUUGCUGAGGGGUAUACUGUACAGAACUUUCGGCGCUCGCUCUGGGCGCGCUCCUGCCCCGCCCGCAAGCAAAUUUUGCCCCUCAAUCUUCACCGCCCAAUCCCACCUCGACAAUCUGCCAUCCCCCUCCUCCUCUCCGCCCCCCCUCGCCGUGAAAGUACUUGAACCCUUCCGUCUUCCUCUCCUCAAACACCUCAAUUGUCUCGCCCUCAUCCAAACUCCCAUCCACCGCCCUCUCCCCCGUCACAACACAGCCACCAUGUCUGCCCCCGCCCAGAAAUUCAAGGUCGCCGACCUGUCCCUCGCCGCCUUUGGCCGCAAGGAGAUUGAGCUGGCCGAGAAUGAGAUGCCCGGUCUCAUGUCCACACGCGAGAAGUAUGCCGCCGACCAGCCCCUCAAGGGUGCCCGCAUUGCCGGCUGCCUGCACAUGACCAUCCAGACGGCCGUCCUCAUCGAGACCCUGACUGCUCUCGGCGCCGAGGUCACCUGGACGAGCUGCAACAUCUUCUCCACCCAGGACCACGCCGCUGCCGCCAUUGCUGCCGCUGGUGUCCCUGUCUUCGCCUGGAAGGGCGAGACCGAGGAGGAGUACAACUGGUGCCUCGAGCAGCAGCUCCUUGCCUUCAAGGAUGGCAACAAGCUGAACCUGAUCCUCGACGACGGCGGUGACCUGACCCAGCUCGUCCACUCCAAGUACCCCGAGAUGCUCAAGGGCUGCUACGGUGUCUCGGAGGAGACCACCACUGGCGUUCACCACCUGUACCGCAUGCUCAAGGACAACAAGCUCCUCGUCCCCGCCAUCAACGUCAACGACUCCGUCACCAAGUCCAAGUUUGACAACCUGUACGGCUGCCGCGAGUCCCUUGUUGACGGUAUCAAGCGUGCUACCGACGUCAUGAUUGCUGGCAAGGUCGCUGUCGUCGCCGGCUUCGGUGACGUCGGCAAGGGCUGCGCCAUGGCUCUGCACGGCAUGGGCGCCCGCGUCCUGGUCACCGAGAUUGACCCCAUCAACGCUCUCCAGGCCGCCAUGGCCGGCUACCAGGUCACCACCAUGGAGAAGGCUGCCAGCAUCGGCCAGAUCUUCGUCACCACCACUGGCUGCCGUGACAUCCUGACUGGCGUUCACUUCGAGGCCAUGCCCAACGACGCUAUCGUUUGCAACAUUGGUCACUUCGACAUUGAGAUCGAUGUUGCCUGGCUCAAGAAGAACGCCAAGUCGGUCCAGAACAUCAAGCCUCAGGUCGACCGCUUCCUGAUGCCCUCUGGCCGCCACAUCAUCCUCCUCGCCGAAGGCCGCCUCGUCAACCUGGGCUGCGCCACCGGCCACUCCUCCUUCGUCAUGUCCUGCUCUUUCACCAACCAGGUGCUUGCCCAGAUCAUGCUGUACAAGGCCAACGAUGAGGCUUUCGGCAAGAAGUACGUCGAGUUUGCCAAGACGGAGAAGCUCGAGGUCGGCGUCUACGUCCUGCCCAAGAUCCUGGACGAGGAGGUUGCCCGUCUCCACCUGAACCACGUUCAGGCCGAGCUCAGCAGCCUGUCCAAGGUCCAGGCCGAGUACCUCGGCCUCACCGUUGAGGGCCCCUUCAAGAGCGACAUCUACCGCUACUAAAUUUCCUCUCUGUACUACAUACCCAAGAGUCCUUCAACUGGACUCGUACGUGUAACGACUUUCUGCCGGUGUCCCGGACCCGGUAAUGGGCAAACUUGUGGAUUCAACAGCAUGAAAAUUGCAUGGCAUCGGGGCUGGGAGACUAAAAGACAUGUGCCGUUCUGAUUUCUUGUUUUUGCUUUUGUUUGCGUUAAAUGAAUGGGCAUCUCGCUGGGUGGACGAAGGCGGAACACAUCUGCUUUUUCAACAAAACGGCGUUGGCUUUGACAAGACAUGAUUCCCCCACUGGCGAGAUACAAAAGACACAUGAUGGAUGGGCAAGAUGAGGCGGAGCUUGAUGGAAUCGCACCGCGACGGCCCGUCAACCGCGGCCAUGGAUAGAUGGAUGACUAGGUCUACCUGAAUAGACACUUCUCGCUUGAGACUAUCUGCGCCAAUACUGGUUUGAGAUGCGUAUGUCGAUGGAACCUUAUAAAUUGGCCUGUCCACUCUCUUCGCACUGCAUGGCCUUUUGCUCCGGGACGAUGCUCUUGAGCUUUCCUUUGGUGACGGCCAUGCGUACGUUGUCAAUGGCCC